AACACAGGCCUAACAGGACCCUUCACAAUCGUACGUCCAUAUAUAUAUAGUUAUAAUAAAUAUAUAUAUAUAUAUAUACAAAUACGUGCAUAUAUAUCUAUAUCAUCAAUGAGACAAAUCAACACAAGUCUCUCGUGACAUCGUUCCAGUUUUAUCACUUAUUUCAGGUUAGGAGCCUGCUAGGAAGGGUCUCUUUCUCUUGUUGGAUCGAAUAAGGAGCAACCCUUUUUUUUUCAAAACGAAAAAAAAAAAGUGAUUCACAUCAAUCGGAUUAUUGACCUGGCAUGGUUGAUUAAAUCAUCAACAUCAUUGGAACAAUUAUUAACGGAUAAAAUUAAAAAAACGAUCUUUGUGCAAAAAAAGUGUUUUGUGGAACGAUUUUUCAAAUCGGUUAUUGUGCAACAGUGGGAUUAGAGUGAACUAACGUUAAUUAAGUGCAUAAACGAGUGUCACAAAUUUAUAGUGUUGAAACUGAUGAUCAUAACAAUGCCUCGUUGUCGGGUUCGACAUCGUUUUAUAGUUAAACCGCUGAUGGUUUAAAUAAACAAAACAAGGAGAAUCCCAAAAAAUUGCGCCACAUAUUUUAUUUGGCGAGGAAACAAAAAAAAUUUCGGUUUUUUUUUAUUAAAUGAGCCAGUGAUUUGUGGCAUCGAUGCCGAAACGAAAAUUAAAGUGAUUUUGCUAGCAGAAUCUUGUGGUGGAACUUGUGGCGCUCGCGCGUGUGUUUUGUGUGUGUGCGUGAGAGAGUGUGAAUUGUUUUGGGACCGCCGGAGAAGAUCGAAGCCGUCAAAGUGGCUUCGUCACUGGGGCUCCAGGGGCCUUCUGCGCCAAUCGGGGCCCAAUUAUUGGCUUCUGGCGGUACAGAGAAUCAUGCGCCCGCUACAAUUUAUCACGCUAAUUUGGUAACUGGUACCAAUAAUAACAUCGUGACAACGGCACUUCAACAGCCACUUCUUAAUUCAUUAAAUUCUGCUGUCUCUCUAAAAGACAUGCAGGCCUCUGCUGAAGCAAGUACCUUCGAUCUCCAGGCAAUGCAGUCCAUGGAAUGGCUCUUCAGAAAGGAACGUAUCUACUUGCUCAUGCAAUUCUGGCAACAGAAAGCAAGCUUGGCUGAAAAGGAGGUCACUGCAUUAAAGGAGCAACUUGCCGCAGUGAACGAUGGAAAUUCCAAGACUGAGGGACAAAAUUUAUCCCAAAAUCCUCAAGGAAUCGAACAAAGUCAUGAUUCCAGUAAUCCAAGGAGGACGCCAAACAGUAACAUUGAACAAGAACUUCAAACAAAGGACAAAGAGGUAAAUAUUGCAUUCAAUUCUACAAAUUGUCAACAAUACAAGAUUAGCCAACUUGUGGAGGAAAUAUCAAGGCUUCAACAAAGUUUACAACGACUUCAGGAAUCAAGUGCACAGACAGCGGCGCGUUUAGAGGAUGAAUUAGAAGCGCGUCGACAACAUAUUAGUAGACUUGAGAGUAAAUUAGAAAAACAAAAAGAUUAUGAUGAUCUUAAAAGAGAAAUAAGCGUUGUAAGGUCAGUGGAUCUUUCACAAAUACCAACUAGUGAACCUGGUAAAAGUCUCGAACAUCUUCUUAUGGAACGCUCAAAAGCCCUUCAACAAGCAGAGAAUCUCAAACCACCAAGCACGCCUGACAAUCUAGGUGGACUAUCGUCACCCCUGCAGCGUGCCGCGACCGCCUCGCCCCACGGGGUGGUAAACGCACCACCACCAUUACCACCACAACCAGUAUCCCUUAUAACAUCCCAAACUCUCCCAACACGUUCCACUCCAACACCAUCUUCAGCAACAUCGACAAGUUCAAGUCUCCUUUUUCCACCACCUCUCCAAAACGUUGAAACCUUCGGUUCCUUCCUCGGCGAGGAGAUUGUCGCAAACUGGAGGCGAUCGUUGGAAAAGACGAUCAUGAGCCAACAGCAGCCACUACAAACGUCACAAGUUUCCCAACAACAACAACCAACCCUUAUAGGACUUCAGCAUCAGUCAAGUAAUUUAAAUCACCUUCCAUCACCAACAGAUCCAAUUUCAUCUUCAAAUACACCUGGUAAAUCGACAACACCAUUGGGUUCAUUGGAUGCAACUGAAAAAGCCUUAACACCAAUUCCCGGCCAUGAAACACCAGCACCACCAACGCCAUCAUCAACGGCAUUAACAUCACCACCUGCAACAUUACCACCACCACCACCAACAUCAACUAUCGAUUCAAAUGGUGCAAAUCAAGUAACAACACCUAAAAGUCCCGCUGAAGAAUCAUGUAACAAUAAUAACAACAAUAAUAGCCAUCAUUUGACAAACAACAAUAUUGGCGCACUUAGUGUUUUAGACAGUUUAAAGGGUCCAUUUCGUUUUGAUGAAAGAACACAUCCCUUUCGAUUUGGUGAUGAAUUCGGAGCAGCUGGAAUGGCAUGUAGACUUGGUGAAUCCCUUAUACCAAAAAGUGAUCCAAUGGAAGCAAGACUACAAGAAAUGUUACGCUACAAUAUGGAUAAAUAUGCAUCACAAAAUUUGGAUACAUUAAAUAUUGCAAGAAGAGUACGUGAAUUAUUAUCAAUACACAAUAUUGGACAGAGAUUAUUUGCCAAAUAUGUUCUUGGUCUUAGUCAAGGAACUGUUAGUGAACUAUUGAGUAAACCAAAGCCAUGGGACAAAUUGACUGAAAAAGGUAGAGACAGUUAUCGAAAAAUGCACGGAUGGGCUUGCGAUGAUAAUGCUGUUUUGCUGCUCAAGUCCCUUAUUCCUAAAAAAGAGUAUGUUUCAGGCAAGGAGCAAGGAAUGCCGGCAUUUGCUCGUGGUCCACAGGACGGCCCACCAGAAAUAAAUGACGAAAGAUUUGCUCAUAUUCUUUCGGAAUCUGGCCAUCUACAAUUAAGAGGUGAACACGAGAUAUCAAAUGAUGCCGAUAGCAAGAGUCCAAGUCGUGUUGGCUGUCCAAGUCCAUUUAGUAAGGAACGAUUGGAUAGUCAAAAUCGUAGACUAAAAAAAUACGAAAACGAUGACAUUCCACAGGAAAAAGUUGUGAGGAUUUAUCAUGAAGAAUUAGCAAAACUCAUGGGACGAAGAGUCGAUGAUCUUCGUGGACCAAGAGAUUUCCUUCAAAGCGCGAUGUUUCCAAACUUUUUCAGUGGCACACCAGGUCUUCAAGGUAUGGAACGUACACAGGAUGAAAUACGUAUGGCAUUGGAUGCCUAUCAUCGUGAAUUACAAAAAUUGAAUGUUGUCUCUGGUCAAAAUCCCACAUUAGGUGGACUUCCUCUAUCUGGUUUACCAAGUAUUCUAUUACAACAACAAGCACUUCAACAACAUCAUCUAGCGACAAAUGGUGGUGUUGUUCAAGAUUUAAGUUUAGGUAAACUAGAUCCAAGAAAUAAAAUGAUGAAUGGAGUGACAGAGGAGGAAAAAGAAAAAAUGGAAGAGGCUAUGAGGCAUGCUGGUAGUGCUUUUUCAUUGGUGAGGCCAAAACAAGAACCAACUGGUCCACAAUCAACACCAGGAGGUUCAAGUGCCAGUUCACCAUUAGGUAAUUCAAUUCUUCCACCUGCAAUGACGCCGAGUGAAGAAUUUGCCGGUGCUGCUGCUGCCAGUCCACUUCAAAGGAUGGCCUCAAUCACCAAUAGCUUGAUCAGUCAACCGUCCACGCCGACACAUCAUUCGGCUAACCAAAGACCUCUUAAAGCCGUUCUUCCUCCAAUAACACAACAGCAAUUUGACAUGUAUAAUAAUCUAAAUACCGAAGAUAUUGUCAAGAGGGUAAGUAAAGUGGUAAAAGAACAACUAUCACAGUAUUCAAUUUCUCAACGACUAUUUGGCGAAUCUGUAUUGGGCCUAUCGCAAGGUUCCGUAUCUGAUCUACUCGCUAGACCAAAACCAUGGCACAUGCUCACGCAAAAGGGACGGGAACCUUUCAUCAGGAUGAAAAUGUUCUUGGAGGAUGACAAUGCUGUACAUAAAUUGGUCGCCAGCCAAUACAAAAUUGCUCCCGAGAAAUUGAUGAGGACCGGCGGCUACGGCGGCCUGCCUCGUAAGUUUAACUCAGCUUGUGGAACACCUAUGAAACCAAUGCCACCAACAAAACUUGUACAAGAACAAUUGCAAAAUGCAGCCAAAGCUCAAGCGGCAGUACAGGCUGCAGCUCAAGCUGCCGCACAACAUCAACAGGAAAGUCAAAUGCAACUUGGACCACCACCACAAAAUCCUCAACAUUCACAACAUCCACAACCACCACCACCAAUGAUGUUAACACCAUCAGGUCCUCAUCUUCCACAUUCUCAACUAAGUAUGCAAGAACUUCAGAAAAAACAACAACAACAGCAGCAGCAACAACAACAACAACAACAACAAAUUAAUUUACAUUCACCUCAUCAUCAAAUGGCACCAUCACCAUUAAGAAGUCUUCAUCCUCACAUUUCACCAAGUGUUUACGAAAUGGCCGCACUAACGCAAGAUCUCGAUACACAAACAAUCACAACGAAAAUAAAGGAAGCUCUUUUAGCGAAUAAUAUCGGUCAAAAAAUAUUUGGCGAAGCAGUAUUGGGAUUAUCGCAAGGUUCUGUUAGUGAACUUCUAAGUAAACCUAAACCCUGGCAUAUGUUGAGUAUAAAAGGAAGAGAACCAUUCAUUAGAAUGCAACUAUGGUUAUCUGAUGCUCAUAAUGUUGAUAGAUUACAAGCACUAAAAAAUGAACGACGUGAAGCUAAUAAAAGACGACGCAGCAGUGGUCCAGGACAUGACAAUAGUUCAGACACAUCAAGUAACGAUACAGCUGAAUUUUAUCAUUCUGCAUCACCAGGACCUGGUCCAACAUCAGCGAAAAAACAACGUGUUCUCUUUAGCGAAGAACAAAAAGAAGCCUUAAGGCUUGCAUUUGCCCUAGAUCCAUAUCCCAAUGUAUCAACUAUUGAAUUUCUUGCCGGUGAAUUAAGUCUUUCAUCAAGAACAAUAACAAAUUGGUUCCAUAAUCAUCGAAUGAGAUUAAAACAACAACCACCACAUGGACAACCAGAACCACAAUCGCCAAGAGAACCCGGACAACCAUUUGAUGCCGUUCAAUUUAGAUUGAUGUUAAAUCAAAAACUCCUCGAUAUUCAAAAAGAAAGACUUUGCCUUGGUAGUGUACCAAUGUCCUAUCCACCCUAUUUUAAUCCAAAUUUAGCCGCUCUUGUUGGCAAUGCCCUUAAGGAACAAUGUUCCGGUCUUGAUCUAUCAAUGGGAUCAUUGAAACGUGAACCAAUGCAAGAAUUUGAGGACGAAGACGAUGCAAUGAGUAAUUUAGGUAGUGAAGAUUCUGAAGGUUCAGCAGGCAGUAUUAAACGUGAACCAACUGAAACACCAUCGGCACCUACAACUGGUCGAUCGAGUAGACGAAAACCUGCAGCACCACAAUGGGUUAAUCCAGAAUGGCAAGAGCCAACAAGAACUGGCGAUGAGGUAAUUAUUAAUGGUGUAUGCGUAAUGCAAACAGAUGAUUAUGGUGUCAAGAGAGAAAACGAAGAGACUGUAAGAGUUGAGCCAACGCCCGUUCAAGAUAGAUUUGACGAUGAUGCCCAAAGUGAUGUAUCAUCAGUUUCGGCAAAUAAUCCCCAAGACCGUGAUAGUCCAUUACCAAGUCCAAAAUCAGGUCAAACAAGUCCUGUGACAUCACCGCGACCACCUUCAGUUCAACAGACACAACAAUCAACGGAGGAAAGUCCCAAAGAGAUCGUGAAACAUGAACCCGAAGAAACGUGGGAUUACUAAUAAAUUAAGUUUCGUUUUUGUUUUUUUUUAAAAAAAGCCAACGAUAGGAUUCGGUCAUGACUGAGUCCUGCCUAGGACAGGGCAUUAGCAAAAUAAAACCUAAAUCAACAACUCUUUCCAAAAAAAAAGGUACUAGGUUUUUGUGCAAAAAGGCCGUAACACAAAAUCAAAAAAAAAUAUUAAAUAAAAGUGACGGGGGGAAAAGUUAUUGUUGUCAAAAAAAAAAGCAUUACAAGUAUAACAAGAGUAUUGUAAAAUUAGAAACAUUGUAAAUAUUAUAAAAAAAAAAAACUGAUGUUGCAUUUACCAUUAAAAAAAAUAUAUAUAGGCUGUUGUAAAUGUAACGAGACAUUUUUCUCUAUGAGAAGAUAAGUGAGCAACGAACAAAGUUUUUUUUUGAGAGAGAAAAUGAAACGCGCCUAUUACAAUUUUUUUAGUCGAAACGUUCAAAAAAACGUUUAUUUUGAAAUUUUUCCGAGAAUCUCAUACUUCUAUUGUGUUUUUAAAAAAAAAAAUCAAAGCUCACUUGCCAGGAUGUAUGAAUUCUCGUUAUCAGUGCAAUCUCCAAUUAUAAACAAAUUGUUAGAUUAUUAAUUUUUUAAAAAAAAUCUCGCGGUUAAAAAAAAAAUAAAAACGCGAGAUGUCGCAUAAUUGUGAUUAAUGUUAUAUCGUUUCUAUUGACCCUCAUUCUCCUUUUUAGCCGUUAAGCUGUUGACGUUAAAAUAUUAUAUAUAUAACAUAUAUUUCCAAUUCGAGGUUUUUUCGUUUUAUUCGUUGUUUAUAUAAAAGCGCUAAGACAACUUUUUUUCUUUGUGAAUAAAAAAAAAAAAACACAUAUAUACACACAAAUACACGUCCGUUUUGCUUGCCGAGUAUUUAUAUAUUAAAAAAAAGAGAAUUUUUGCGCGAAAAAGAGAUUCGUUUGACGAGGUCGUGCAAAAAAAAAAAGAAAAAAAAACAGGCCGUUACCAAUGUUAUUAUUAUUAUUAUUAUAACUAUUAUGUAAUUAGUUGUAUUAUUACCAAUUCCUAUUUGUAGCGAAUUGUAAAGACCUAUUAGCCAAAAAGUCAGACUUAACGGAAAUCAGACAUUCGUUUUUUUUUAAAUUUUUAGAUAUUUAGAAUAAUCACCUUUAAAUUAAUUUUUUUUUUUUUAAUUAAUAAUUGAAAAUGUAAAUAAAUUUUGACGAGUCAGAAAAAAUAUCUGGUGAUUGUUCUGAUAAAGAAAAAGAGAAUUUUUUUUAAAUCGCGUUCAAUGUAACGACUACAGUCAAUAUUAAAUAUUAUAACAAUUAUUAUUAUUAUUAUCCUAUUGUGUUAUCGAGAGAUGAAAAGGCUUGAGAAGCCAAUGUGAUAGAGCUUAGGCGUGACGUUGGAGACAAGACGAGAAAAGAUUUGCGAAAAAUACAACAAAAAAAAAAAAAAAAGUACCCCCACCCCUCUCACCGACGACGCACAAAGCUUAGGGAGUUGGUAAUGCGGUUUUCUUAACUCGCACAUGUAAAUAAUAUUGUAUAAAGUAUAUACGUAAGACGGGACAUGAAACACGGACACAUAGACAAGAUUUUACACACAGAUACAACAUUUGUACAGUGUACUCACUUAUCGCAGUUAAUCCUCAACUAUAUAUAUAUAUACAUUUUAUAUAUAUAUUGCCCGCACGCGAAUGCAGUUAUCGGCAAGCGACGAUAAAAUCGUGGACACGCGAACACGACUUUAGGCCUAACAAAAAUAACCAGAGAGAAAGAGAGAAACGAUCGUCGAAAAAUAUGCCUAAACAGAAAACCACAAAAAAAACUAAAAAUUAUGUUAGUCCGAUAAGCGGGUCGACUGAGGGUACGAAUGAUUGGAAAAAUGAGUGUCAAAAAAAAACUGUAUAAAUAAAAAAAAUGCGAAUGAAUGCAAAGACAAAAAAAAUAAUGUCACUAUUACGAAUCAAACACUAGUAUUUACCAGAUUAAGACACAAUUAAUCUUCGAUUAAAUUCUAGUCUGCAAAAAAGCUAAGUUCUUUUUUUGUUUUUUUUUUCUUUUUUUUGAAAUCGUAGGGCAUUGUAAACAAGAGACCAGUGAUCUUCAAUGUUUAUUUUUUCUUUAUGUACUACUUUUUUUUUUCUCGUUUUUAAGUUUCAUACCAAGUAUGAUAUAAUUAUUAUAAUUAUUAUUAUUAUUAUAAUUAUUAUCAUUAUUAUUAUCAUUAUUAUUAUUAUUAUCAUUAUUAUUAUUAUUAUUAUUAUUAUUAUUAUUAUUAUUAUUAUUAUUAUUAUUAUUAUUAUAAAUGCAGCGAAACUGCGAAAAAAAUGCGAUAUCAGUGUAAAUAUUAAAAGCGUCUUAUAAACUUAACUCGUCUAGCAAGAAAAAAAAAACAAUAGAGAGAAACGUUGCGAUUGUCAAACAUUCGGCGUUUCAAAAAAAAAAAAUUUUUUUUUUUUUUUUGAGGACCGACCUUCACUGGUCUGCGUCAAAAAGAGAACAAAAAUACGAUCUCAGACCACUAAUACCAAACUAUUAAAAAAAAAAAGAAAAAAAAA